UUGUUAUGUCCAUCUGUAAGAGUUUCUCCUUUUUUCUUUCUCCUGUCCCAUCAUGCAGAUGCCCCCGUGGCAGAGUUACACGACCUGUUCUGUAAGAAGCUGCAGCAGUGCUGUGUGCUCUUUGAUUUCCUGGACUGCGUGGCUGACCUGAAGGGGAAGGAGAUAAAACGUGCCGCCCUCAAUGAGCUGGUGGAGAGCGUGGCCACUAGCAGAGGAGUCCUCAUAGAGCCCCUCUACCCAGAGGCUAUAAAGAUGCUGGUGUAUGAGUUCUUUCUGCGUUUCCUGGAGAGCCCAGACUUCCAGCCAUCCAUGGCCAAACGCUACAUUGACCAAAAGUUUGUCCUGCAGCUCCUGGAGCUGUUUGACAGCGAGGACCCCAGGGAGAGGGAGUACCUGAAGACCAUCCUGCACCGUGUCUAUGGAAAACUACUGGGCCUCCGAGCCUACAUCCGCAAACAGAUCAACAACAUCUUCCUCAGGUUCAUUUAUGAAACUGAGCACUUUAAUGGAGUGGCAGAGCUGCUGGAAAUCCUCGGCAGCAUCAUAAAUGGCUUUGCCCUGCCUCUGAAAGCCGAACACAAACAAUUCCUGGUUCGGGUUCUCAUCCCGCUGCACACGGCAAAGUCCCUAUCUAUCUUCCAUGCACAGCUGGCCUACUGUGUGGUGCAGUUUAUGGAGAAAGAUGCCACAGUGACUGAAUACAUCAUCAGAGGGCUGCUCAAGUACUGGCCAAAAACGUGCACGCAGAAAGAGGUGAUGUUCCUGGGGGAGAUUGAGGAAAUUCUGGAUGUGAUAGAACCAUCUCAGUUCAUCCGGAUUCAGGAGCCACUCUUCAAACAGAUAGCGGCCUGCAUCUCAAGCCCUCACUUCCAGGUUGCAGAGCGGGCUCUUUACUUCUGGAACAAUGAGUACAUCCUCAGUCUGAUAGAGGAGAACUGUCAGGUCAUCCUGCCGCUGGUAUUCGCUACCCUCUACAGAGUCUCCAAGGAGCACUGGAACCAGACCAUCGUUUCUCUGAUCUACAACGUGCUGAAGACCUUCAUGGAAAUGAACAGCAAACUUUUUGAUGACCUCACUGCCUCCUACAAAGUGGAGAAACAGAAGGAGCUGAAGCGAGAAAGGGAGCGUGCGGAUCUCUGGCGGGGCCUGGAGGAGCACCAGGAGCGCCGCCUGCAGAUGCUGACGGAGGCCGCCAGGAACCAGCGCAACCUUCAGGAGCGAGGCGAAAGAGGGGACCCCCUGAGCCCUUCGUCCCCUCAGAUGGCUCACUCCGACCAGCCCGAGCCCAAACCCAGCGGGGCCUCCUCUGGAACCGGGGAGAGCGCCACCUAG